AUGUCGACUCUCGCCGCGUUCAAGAUCCCAACCAUCACCAACGAGCCCAACAAGCACUAUGCCAAAGGCUCCCCAGACCGAGAAGGCCUGGCUGCUGCUCUAGAGGCAUUGCAAAAACGGGCACCAAUCGAGAUUCCUCUUGUCGUGUCGGGCAAGUCCAUCAAGACUUCCUCCAUCCUCACACAAAACAACCCUUCCUCUCACGCUACCACGAUUGCGAGCUAUUCAAACGCUUCCACUCAAGACGUCAACAAUGCCAUUGAGGGUGCACUGGCUGCAAAGCCUGCUUGGGAAUCCCUGCCCUUUGCAGACCGUGCAGCGGUCUUCCUGAAGGCGGCAGAUUUGAUCAGCACGAAAUAUAGAUACGAGAUUAUGGCUGCAACAAUGCUGGGACAAGGAAAGAAUGCCUGGCAAGCUGAGAUCGAUGCAGCUGCAGAGCUGGUUGAUUUCCUCAAGUUCAACGUCAGAUAUGCCGAGGAGCUGUAUGCUCAACAACCACCUUACAACUCUCCUGGUGUUUGGAACAGAGUCGAGUACAGGCCAUUGGAAGGGUUUGUCUACGCUAUAUCUCCUUUCAACUUUACGGCUAUCGGUGGGAAUCUGCCAGGUGCACCGGCUUUGAUGGGCAACGUUGUUGUCUGGAAGCCUAGUCCUUCUGCCAUUGCUUCGAAUUAUUUGGUCCACCAGAUUCUUCUCGAGGCCGGCUUACCUGCAGGCGUCAUUCAAUUCGUACCGGGUGAUGCUGAAGAGGUGACCAAGGCUGUCCUCGGCCACAAGCAGUUCGCUGCGCUCCACUAUACUGGCUCGACGGCCGUCUUUCGAAAGUUGUAUGCUCAGAUCGGCCAAGGCAUCGGUGAAGGCCGAUACAGAGGGUAUCCCAGAAUUGUUGGCGAAACCGGUGGCAAGAACUUCCAUCUAGUCCACAACAGCGCUGAGGUUGAGAAUGCCGUGGUACAAACAGUCCGAGGAGCUUUCGAGUAUCAAGGCCAGAAAUGCAGCGCCACAUCCCGAGCAUAUGUUCCUGCAUCGAUCUGGCCAGAGUUCAAGUCGAAGCUGGUGACAGAAACAGAGAAGCUGAAGAUUGGCCCUCCCGAAGACUUUGGCAACUUCAUCGGCCCUGUCAUUCACGAAGCUAGCUUCAAGAAGUUGUCUGGAGUGAUUGACGCCGCAAAGGAUGACAAUGAGCUUGAACUGGUUGUUGGAGGCAAGUACGAUAGCUCCAAAGGUUAUUUCGUGCACCCAACAGUUUAUACCACUAGCAAUCCGGAGCACAAGAACCUGAGCACGGAAUUUUUUGGACCAAUCUUGACGAUCUACGUGUAUGACGAUGCAGCAGCUGAUGGUUUCGAGAAAAUCUGCAAGAUCGUUGACAGCACAUCUGACUAUGCCCUUACCGGUGCGGUAUUCGCCAAGGACCGGGCUGCGAUCCGAUAUGCAGAGGAGGCAUUGAGGAACGCAGCCGGAAACUAUUACAUCAACUGCAAGAGUACUGGUGCUGUUGUUGGGCAACAACCAUUUGGUGGUGCCAGAGCAUCAGGGACCAACGACAAAGCUGGAUCAGCAGCGAUUCUGUCGCGUUUCGUGAGCAUGCGGUCUUUGAAGGAGGAAACUCUUUCCACGACCAGCGUCCAAUAUCCUUCAAACGACGUGUAA